GGCUUGCAUAGUUGCAUGUACACAAUUUCUCGCGCUCCUACCGCCGCCGCUUCGUUCUCUAACCUUGGCUCCCGCUCCCUCCGCAGGAGCAUCUCAACACCGCCUUGAGGACCCCCCAACUCGCCGGCUGCAGCCAUGGUGAAAUAUUCGACGGAGCCAACCAACCCCACCAAGUCAACCAAGGCCAUGGGCCGUGACCUACGUGUUCACUUCAAGAACACCCGUGAGACAGCUUUUGCCCUUAGGAAGUUGUCACUCACCAAGGCCAAAAGGUACCUUGAGGAUGUGAUUGCCCACAAGCAGGCCAUCCCGUUCCGCAGGUAUUGUGGCGGUGUUGGACGUACCGCUCAGGCUAAGUCUCGUCACUCAAAUGGGCAGGGACGCUGGCCUGUCAAAUCUGCUAGAUUCAUUCUAGACCUUCUCAAGAAUGCUGAGAGCAAUGCUGAGGUAAAAGGUCUUGAUGUCGAUACCCUCUAUGUGUCACACAUUCAAGUGAACCAGGCUCAGAAGCAGCGGCGCAGGACCUACCGCGCUCAUGGGCGCAUCAACCCUUACAUGUCCUCCCCGUGCCACAUCGAACUCAUCUUGUCAGAGAAGGAAGAGCCCGUGAAGAAAGAGGCUGAGUCUCAGAUCGCAACCAGGAAUGCUUAGAGAAUGGGAACAUACCUUCUAUGAUUGGCUGAGUGAAGAUUUUGGCUGAUUAUUUGUCGUCCCAUAUUGUUUACCUGAGUAUUGUUUGCAAGUGCUUUAUCACAUGGAUCACAGCCUGGAAUUCACUGGCCCUGAGAAUUGUCUCUGGAUUGUUUCAUUUUUAUGCCCAUGGUAUGCCAAUGCUCAUGUUCAGUUGCCUUGGUUGAUGACGCUUGUCCCAAACUCCCAAACUUAAGGCUUUGGUUGUUGCAUCCUGUAAAACGGUACGCCCUUGGCCGCACCUGUUUUGGACAUAUUGGGCGAUUGUAUGUUCUGAAGCAAUUUGGGCUGUAUUAUAACGUUUCUCUAUUGAUUUAUGAGUUAAA